AUGAAAGAUGGAAAAUGCUAUGAGUAUUGUGGAGAUGUAAAAAUUGCAAAAACUUAUAAUCAAUGCUCACUUUCAACAAAUCCAUACUGUAUAGAUGGAUAUCAAUUUGGUUAAUGUGGUUGUGAGAAAAUUAUCUAAAUGUAAUAAAUAAUAAAUGAUCUUAAUGAUAAAAUUAACAAUUAAUAGUAAGAAAUAGGUUUAUUAAAGGUUAUAAGAAAUACAAAUGAUUAACUGCAAAAUAAUUAAAUUGAAAUCGAUUUUAAUUAAAAUUAAAAUGGCGAAGAUUAAGCUUUACAAGGGGAAAAUGACAGCUAGAAAACAUUAAAAUAAUUAGAAAAUGAUUAAAUUUUACAGUAAUAAUACUCUCAUUAGAAUUAUUAGAGAAAUCCUUUUUUAUAGGAAUAAGUAAAUUAAUUAAAAGAUAUAAAUUAGCUAUGA